AUGGCGGACAAGUACGUCUUGCGCGUCACCGCAGGGAGCAGCUACGAUGAGUCUACACACGUCGAGGUGCCCGUGAACCGGCCUGAGACUGUGCGCGUAGCUGGCACACAUGCUGUCGUCGAGCUCAACGUUCGCGUGCAGGGGUACGCCGGCCUACCGCGCGGCUCCCCGUCCACAUCGCCGUACUUUGCCGCCGAGCCGCACGCCAGCAACCGGGACCAGUACAGUAUCAGCUUCCGCUUCACCCCGACUCGGUCCUCCUCCCCGACCCCUUCCUCCUCAUCCACCACCUCCCUCUCCUCCUCCUCGUCCGCCAGUACCGCCUCCUCCUCGGGCAUAUCCGGUGUCGACCUCCAGUUCGGAAAUGACUUUGACCGCCCCAUCCGGGACCGUCUCCCUCCCGGCUUCAACUUUGCCCUGCGCAUCGUCCGCCGGUGGAUCGACCCGGGCCUCGAGGGCGAUGCCUACGCAGACCGCCCCCACCUCUACGGCCCCGCGCUCAGCUCCUUCAACGUGCUCCAGCUUGGCGAGGGCGAGCACGACCCGGCCCGCGGCGGCCUCUGGUUCGAGGAGGGCGGCGAUGGAGCGGCAGCGCUAGGUCUGCCGAACAAGGGCAAGGAGCGCAUGAAGUGGGCGCUGACCGGCGCCAACAAGGAGCGCUUCGUCUUUGAGUACGGCAAGACGUACGGGCUCGACUUCUUCAACCCCUAUCUUGAUUUUGCCAACCUCGCCUUGCGGCUGCCCGGCUUCCAGGUCAGCAUCGCCAGCUUGUGGGACGGCCAACCACUCCGAUACGUGCUGCGCAACAAAGCGACCGGGCACGUCUACCUCGUUGUCCUCUUUAGCCUCUUCCUGCGCGAAGAUGUCAACGACGAUGGCACACUCAAAGAAGGUGCGAAGGAGCACGUGAUUGAGUAUUGCAGCUGA